AUCAUGGUCUUCAUUGAACUGCAGCGCCCUCUCUCGGGGACAGCCUGAACUGCAGAGAAGGAUAGAGGAAGUUACAGUUAGCAUUAGUUCGUUAGCUACUCGCUGGCUAACUUGAUUCGGAGAAGUAAACAAGUGCGCGGGGUGAGACCCGGAGCUUUGCAACCAUGAAGGAAGACAAGGAAAACACUCGACCGAAAGAGAAGAGGAUGGAUUUAAGGUGCGAGGAUGCAGAAAGGAUGGAGAAGCCGAAAGAAAAGAAAGAGACCAUGACAAAGAUUGUGAUCAGAAGACUACCACCAAGUCUCACCAAGGAGGAGCUCGAGGAGCAGCUCCAGCCUCUCCCAGAUCUUGACUACCUUGAGUUUUUCUCCAACGACACCAGCCUUUACCCUCACCUUUUUGCAAGGGCUUACAUAAACUUCAAAAACCAAGAGGAUAUCGUGCUCUUCAGAGAUCGAUUUGAUGGAUAUGUGUUCAUAGACAGCAGAGGACAAGAGUAUCCUGCUGUUGUGGAGUUUGCACCUUUUCAAAAGACUUCCAAGAAAAGAAGCAAGAAGAAGGAUGCAAAAUGUGGAACAAUUGCUGAAGAUCCUGAUUACAGGAAGUUCCUUGAAUAUUACAAUGGAGAUGAUGAAAAACUGGCAUCAACACCUGAAACCUUGUUGGAGGAGCUUGAGGCAAAAUCCAAGGAGCUUGUUGCCAAAAAAACAACCCCUUUGCUGGACUUUCUGAAGAAUAAACAGAGAAUCAGGGAGGAAAAGAAAGAAGAGAGAAGAAGGAGGGAGCUUGAACGCAAGCGUCUACGUGAUGAGGAACGACGUAAGUGGAGGGAGGAAGAUAGAAGGAAGCGCAAAGAGGCCGACAAGAUGAAGAGACUUGAGAAACCGGACAAAGACAAGGACCAAGUUAAAGAGGAACCAAAAAUAAAGCUACUGAAGAAACCAGACAGAGGUGAUGACGCUGAUUCUGAGCAGCCCAAGGAAAAAUCUAAGAAACCAGAGAAGCCUCAAGAGGACAAAUUCACCGGGAGUGCCGAUCACAAGAGACGUCACAACAGUGAAAACAAGGAGGAUCGUGGGAGGAAAGCAGAUGAUGACGGCCGUAAGGAGUUCAGGGAGCGUGGUAUUGACAAAGAGCGUGAACGAGAGCGGGAGAAGGAGCGACGGCAGAAAGAGAAAGAACGUCUUCGGCGUCAGGAUGAAGACCGCCGGAGAAGGAGGGACCGGCAGGAUGGAGAAAACUCUAACAGAAAACGGGAGGAGGACGGCAGGAAAGACAAAGAGCGCGUCUUGGAGAAGAAGAAGGGUGAACACACUGGAGACUCUGGUCCUUCUGAGAGGACAGAGAGGCCCGCCAAAGACAACAAGAAAGAUGAAAGUAGUAAAAGAGAGAGGCUACGAAACAAGGAUCGGCCUGCUAUUCAGCUGUACCAACCAGGGGCCAGAAAUCGCAAGCCUGCAGGAGGAGGAGACUCUGCCAACAGAAAGCACACUGAGACAGAGAAAGCUGCCAAUCAAGGUGAUGACUGAGCAGAUUUCCAACUGUGCCAUUUUAUGUUUUUUCAAGAAGUAUGUGACAGACAGGCCAGGCUCAGGACAGUGAUGUGGCUCCUCAGGGUGAUGUGCAGGUCAAACAGGGCUAUAUGGCUCUCCAGUCUCAGUGGCAGAGAUGUUGCCUCCUAGUGCCUGAAUGUGAGCCUCUCAUGUUUUCUUUGUUAGAACAGGUAACAGUGAGCUUCGGGAAGAGUUUGGCUGUUAGGAACAUUAGGAGAAGCUUUGUUGGACCAUGUGAACCCAAAGUGACCUUAUUUCAUUUCAGUAUUGUUUCUCUGAUGUAAGUGCUCUACACAGUGCAAAAAUGGCUUCCUUAAGUUUGUCUAUUAUCACACUCUGGAGAUAGUUAUAAUUCCACAGAGGUUUAAAUUUCCAAAUACUAAAUAUUUCAACAUUUCAAAGCUCAUCAUAUUGUUUUUACAUUUAGGUGAAUGAGACAUAUGUUGUAGACUUGCUAUAUUUAGUUUGAGGUGUUCAAAUUUAAAUACCGUCUUACUUUACAUUUCUGGGCUAGACAAUUCAAAGAACUUGCAGAACUUUUAUCACAGUCUUGCACUCUUAAGUAGUUGUUGUCUCACUGGCCACAGUCUUGAGUUUUCCUUGUUCAGGAUCCUGUGUUUUGUUCAUAUAUUCACAAAGUGACUGAGGAGAAUAGCCAUUUCUGACCUGGACUGCCAUGUUUCAGCCUUUUCAUGCCUGCAUGUAGACCAAAGUGAUACAUCUGUGGCCUUUCCCUCCUUUGUAAUGCAAAAUCUCCUUAAACUGUAAUGGUGAUGCACUAAUCUGAAUACAGCAUGAGAGCAUAUCACUACUGGUGAUAUUAAUGUACAGUUUUGACUUGAAAUAAAAGAGGUCUUUGCUAAAUGCA